AGUAAUUAACAAAAUAUUGUGAAAUAUUACAUGAGACCUUUGCAUAGUUAGAGAGGGGAUUUUGUGUUCAUUUCCUACUCAAGUCCUAUGGUUGGAGACUAAAUGGAAUAUCGCCUUCAUAUCUUCAUGUUUAGCAUCGCUGGAGACAGAGGGGGCUUCAAUAAGCCUGGUGGACCCAUGAGGGGUGGAAUGGAUCGUGAUAUGGGCCAUCCAGGAGAGCAGGACUCUGAGAACAGCACCAUCUAUAUCACAGGUCUCACUGAGAAUGCCACUCUACCAGAGAUGGCUGAGUUUUUCAAGCACACUGGAGCAAUUCGGAUAAAUCGGCGUUUAAAUCAACCAGCCAUCAACAUCUAUACAGAUAAAGACAGCGGCAAGCCAAAGGGGGAUGCCACACUGUCCUAUGAGGAACCUGCAUUUGCCAAACCUGCAGUUGAACAUUUUGAUGGAAAGGAGUUUCAGGGCAGGAGAUUAAAGGUCUCUAUGGCCCGCCGGAAGCCCAUGAUUGGGGGAAUGAGAGGAGGAAUGCCAAUGCGAGGUGGCCCUGGAAUGGAUCGUGGAGGAAUGAUGGGCAGAGGAGGCGAGAGAGGCGGCUUUCCCCCGCGUGGUGGCCCUCGAGGUGGAAUGGGCUGGAACGGUGGCCCUCAACCAGGAAAUGUGCAGAAAAGAGCUGGAGACUGGGAAUGUCCUAACGUUGGUUGUGGAAAUCAGAACUUCUCCUGGAGAAUGGAGUGUAACCAGUGUAAAGCUCCAAAACCCGAAGGCCUUGGAACUUCUCCUCCCUUUUAUCCAGGAGGUGAACGUGGCAGGGGUGGCAUGAGGGGCGGCAGGGGCAUGGACCGUGGUGGGUCGGAAGGAAUGCGUGGAGGCUGGGGAGGAGAUCGCGGAGGCUUCAGAGGCCGUGGUGGGAUGGAUAGGGGCGGAUUCAGAGGAGGUAGCAGGUGUGGUCCUCCCAUGGACAGAGGCAGAAGAGGCAUGGGACCCCCAGGCAAGAUGAAAAUGAGGGAUCAUCGUCAGGAGCGCAGGGAAAGACCCUACUGAGUUCACGCAUCAAGCAAAAGGAAAUUUACAUAGAGGAAGGGUUAGUAACCUUAUUGAGAAAGAAAACCAGGUUUGUUUGAUUGUAAAAUAACCAAAUUCAGUGAAAUGACC